GAUGAAAAGGGGCAUUGUGACUUCUUCUUGUGAUGGACCCCAAACGCUCUUGAAUUUGUCGUUGGAAGCGUUGGAAACAGCACUCGACCGCGGCGGUUUGCGCAGUUCAGCAAGAGCUUCCAGCGAAAAAAGUUCCAAAGCGAAGAAACAAUUUUUUAUUUUGACCAGUUGCAGUUCACAAGUGGGGAUGUAGCGUGAAGGCCCGAGCGCCCACCGAUAAGAUACGAAGACGCAAGUGGCCAAGCUCGCCAAGUACCAAGGUACAAUACCUGCAGUGAAGCUUGGCGCCUGUGUCUUGCACUGCCCAGUGUCUUAAGAGUUGAGACCAACCAGAAUCAACGCCGCUCUGAGCCGCGCAUCCUGAGCUUCCACCGGCGUGAGCAGUCAAGUCAUCUCAGGCACUUACAAUCAAUACCAAGUGCAAAGAUGGAGGGCCUAUUUUUCAAUGCAAACAAUGGCUACCUCGAGGGCAUUGUCCGUGGCUACAGGAACGGGCUGCUCACCAGCACAAACUACACCAACAUGACACAAUGUGAGACAAUAGAUGACCUCAAACUCCAACUCGGCCCCGCCUACGGUGACUUCCUCGCCUCUCUCCCUCCCAACCCCUCAACCUCAAGCCUCGCCGCCAAGACGACCGACAAGCUGGUCUCCGAAUUCCGCUAUGUACGGGCGAACGCCGUGGGAUCCCUCGCCAAGUUCAUGGACUACGUGACGUACGGGUACAUGAUCGACAACGUGGCGCUGCUCAUCACGGGCACGCUGCACGAGCGCGACACGCGCGAGCUGCUGGAGCGGUGCCACCCGCUGGGGUGGUUCGAGACGAUGCCGGUGCUGUGCGUGGCGACCAACAUUGAGGAGCUGUACAACAGCGUGCUGAUCGAGACGCCCCUUGCCCCUUACUUCAAGGGCAGCCUGAGCCACCAGGACCUGGACGAGCUCAACAUUGAGAUUGUGCGCAACACGCUCUACAAGAACUACCUCGAGGAUUUUUACCACUUUGUCAACUCCCACCCGGACAUGGCGGGCACCCCGACCGCCGAGGUCAUGUCGGAGCUGCUCGAGUUCGAGGCCGACCGCCGCGCCAUCAACAUCACGCUCAACUCGUUCGGCACCGAGCUGUCCAAGGCCGACCGCAAAAAGCUGUACCCGAGCUUUGGUCGUUUGUACCCGGAGGGCACCCUGAUGCUGUCGCGGGCUGACGACUUCGAGGGCGUGCGCCUCGCCGUCGAGGGUGUCGCUGACUACAAGGCCUUCUUCGAGGCGGCUGGUCUUGGUGGAGGUCCCGGCGGCCCCGGGAACAUGGCCGGUGGCACCGGGUCGGAUGGCAGGAGCUUGGAGGAUAUGUUUUACCAAAAGGAAAUGGAAAUCGCAAAGAGUGCCUUCACACGACAAUUUACCUACGCCAUUGUGUAUGCGUGGGUCAAGUUAAGGGAGCAGGAAAUCCGCAACAUUACGUGGAUUGCCGAGUGUAUAGCGCAAAACCAAAAGGAGCGCAUCGGCAAUUAUAUCAGCGUAUUCUAGAGGGGCGGUUUGUUUUUCAUUGCUUUUCAAGUUUUGUAGAGUCUAUAGGGAACCCGCGAGCAUUAGUGUAUCUGGAUAAUGGCGUAUUGGCAAAGGGCUGUCAAGACGGCAACACGGAUCUACAGGAUGCGAGGAUUUCCGCGUCUUCUGUCCAAUUCCGUUGGUAUAGUGUACAUGGGGAAGUUACAAAUCUCAUCUGUCUAUUUACAUAGCACCCAGCGCGCAUUGCGUAUUAGAGUGUGAUUUGCUCCUUGUACGUAGCUCCC